AUAACGAUAGUGAGCGGUGCUGUGGAGAAAGAAUUAAGAAAUCACGUCCUGUCGGAUUUAAAAUAUUAACACACAAAUACAAUGUAAAGCUAUCAGUAACAGUUAAGACGGACGAAGUCUGAGUUUAGUCCCAGUACGACGUGUCGUUUUCCCAGCUCCAGGAAAUCAGCAGGCUCAAUGGUCCAGAAUGGCACAGACCAGGUCCUGCGGCACGUCAAACCUGUGAGCUGGUCACGCUGCUACACUGCAGGGAAAGAUGAGUACUGUUCAUCAAUCAUGAAAUUCCAAGUUUGUAAAAGAAAGGUCCGCACAUGCCUUCCAUGGUAUGGCUGCAUCUUCCUAUUCUUGGUCGUGUUUGGCUUAAGCUUCGUGAUCCUCCAGGAGAAUACUGUGAAAUCUACCAUCCAUAGCUCAUACGCAGACAAACAUUAUGACUUCUGCAAAUUCCAACCACUGUCCCUUAAGGAGACUCGAGAAGAACACCUCCUAUUAAAGUCCAUCGCUUGGCCUGAAACUCCACCUUUACCAUUUCCUCAUUACCUGAGCAAGACCAGUGAUCCCUCACACAGCAGCUUCACCAUUCUCUCAGGGAGGGAAGACGGAGAGUGGCACAAAGAUGAUAACCUGGAGAUUCUGAUCAAAAUGUACGACUUCCAGGGGCUUCCAAAGAAAUUUGGGGGAGACGUUUUACUUGCCCGGCUCCAUAACCCGACUCUUGGUGCAGGUGUGGUAGGGCAAGUGGUGGAUCAUCUCAAUGGCUCCUAUUCUGCUGUGUUCUAUUUACCCUGGGAAGGAAACGCAGAGGUUGAGGUAACACUGGUUCACCCCAGUGAGGCAAUCACAGUGCUGCGCAGUCUGACCAGAAAACACCCUGACAGGAUUUACUUCAAGAGCCUCUUCCGCUCAGGCUACAUCAAUGAAACUACUGUCUGUAACGUAUGUUUGCGUCCAACCCAGCAGCCUGUGUGCAACUACACUGACCUCAGUACAGGCGAGCCGUGGUUCUGCUACAAGCCAAAGAAUCUGAGUUGUGAUACCAGGAUCAAUCACUCCAAAGGAAAGCUUAAAAAAAACCUCGUGACCACAGAGACCCUUUUUCAAAGUGAUGUCAACAUGAAAGUCUCCAUUCCAGCUUCAGGACCUUCCUGUGUCACUGUUUUGCCAAAAACUAAAGGUUGGUCCAUGGUGAGUAGGCGCACUGUGAAGUCUAGACCCUCUGGGUAUUAUUUCCACGGUGUGUGGCGAGCAUUACGUGGUCCCAGAGUUCCUCACUUCAACACUUCCUCAGCUAUCACUCAGUGUCUGAAAGGAAAGGUGGUUCAUAUAUACGGAGACUCCACCGUCAGGCAGUGGUUUGAAUACUUUAACGCAACACUACCAGAUCUUAAGGAGUUUAACCUGCAUAGCCAGAAAAAAAUUGGACCUUAUAUGGCUCUAGACUAUGUGAACAACAUCUUGGUGACAUACCGCUGCCAUGGUCCUCCUAUCAGGUUUUCCAAAGUCCCAAUCAGCGAGUUGCGCUAUAUUGCCAACGAAUUAGACAGCUUGACUGGAGGCAGUGAUACCGUCGUAGUUCUUGGCAUUUGGUCGCACUUCAGCACUUUCCCCAUUGAGGUCUACAUCCGGCGUUUGCAGAGCAUCCGCAGGGCGGUGGUGCGGCUGCUGUCCAGAGCUCCAGAUACACUGGUUGUCAUUCGGACUGCAAACCCAAAAAAUCUGACGCUCUAUGAGACAAUCACUAACAGCGACUGGUACUCGCUGCAGCGUGACAAGGUGCUCAGGGCCAUGUUCAAAGGACUGAAUGUCCAUCUGGUGGAUGCUUGGGAGAUGGUCGUGGCCCACAACCUGCCACAUGAACUCCACCCACAGCCUCCAAUAAUUGAAAACAUGAUUAAUGUUCUCUUGUCCUACAUAUGCCCUAAAAAAGGUGGCUAGAUGUGAUUGUUUUUCAGCAGCCCAUGCACACACACAUUUAUUCCUUGCUUAUUUAUAACAAAGAAAUACAGACUGAGUUGAGUCUAAUGCAUGAUAAAUAGUAAUGAAUAAUUAAACUGAGCCUUUGGAUUUUCAUGCAACAAUCCAGGAAAUACUGGAACUCCUUAUCUGACACACAAGCAGGAUUUACAUAAGGGAAUAUUGCCUCAUACGGGCUCAUUCCAAUGAACCAAUCUAUGAGACUCUAUGAAUGUUUUAUUGACAGUAGGUUGUAAUUCAAAGUCACUUGUUGAGUAGUUUACUCAUUACCACAAAAGUAGUAAGCUUCACUAUGCUGCCUUGCUUCCAAAGAAAAUGUGUUUCGCCACAGUCAUCUUUUCAGUGCAACUUUUAUUGUGUUUUCUGCAGCAAAUCAAAUAACACAAAAAGGCAAAAUAAAAAUGUAAAAAGGGGUAACAUUGAGCAAAGUUAGAAAUAAUUCAAAUGUUUGCCAUAGAUAUGUAUUCAGGUGGACAUAAAAAUACCGAAAUUAAUGCUACUAAGAAGGGACAUAAGAUGGGAUAUAACAUCUCAAAAUAGUCACUGAUUGUUAAUUUAAUAAUGCUAAACAUUACUUUAUAAAAUAUGUAAACCCUGUAAAAUGACGUCAGAUUUUACACAACACUGCCAGUGAAUUUGCAUCUAUUUCUAGAGUACUGUUGGGAGCAUUAAUCUGACUGACUUCUCAGGUAUUACCUCUAGAGUUAAGUGUUUACUAGAAAUAUCACAAGACAUGUGAAUGUAUUUUCUGGAUUCAUGAAAGGACAAAAAAAAGAAAAAUGUUCUCCAGCUGAAUGAAAAGAAAAAGGAAGUCCUUGUCUUAUCCCGUGACAGAUUAAGUUAAUGACAACUUAGGUUCUCUUGCCACAUUUGCUAAAUCUUCUAUCAGGAACCUUGGUGUAACGUUUGACUCUGUCUUCACUGUCAAUGCUUGCGUUAAAUCUCUGGUUUGUUCUUAUUUCUGUUACUUGGAUCACCAGGUUGAGUUCUACUGUGUCAGGCUUUGGAUUGAUAUUUGUUAUUUAUGCCUUUAUUUUAUCACAUCUGGAUUACUGUAAAUUCAUUGUUUACUGGUUUUAAUAAAGCAUUCUUGGAAUGCCUGCAGGUUGUUCAGAACGCUACGCUACAUUAACCCAGGUGCACUGAUUCUCCAUCAACUUCAGAUUCCACUUUAAGAUUAUGUUUUGUUUUUUACUUGUAGAGCUCCGCAUGCACAAACAUCCACUUUUCCAGCACCAGCUCCAGACCCCGAAACUCUAUGACGCUGUGAUCUCUUUUAAAAAGCAACUAAAACCUCAUCUUUUUAAACUUGCUUCUGGAUAACCUUUUUGUUUUUAUGUUGUUGCAUUUUUGUUGUGUUGUUUGUAAUAUUUAUCUUGAG